CCUGCUCAUGUUUUGUUGAGUGCGUGGUGUGUGCAUGAGGGAGUGAGAGAGAAAACGUGGUCGCGGAGAAGCCUAGCAUUUAGCUAGUUUGCGUGUGAGUGUGUGAAUGAAGUGUUAUACAGGCUCAGAUAUUUAGUAUUAUUUAUUUUUGUAUGUAGUCAAGUUUGCCACAAACGGACAAGGUGCAAAGACACUAUUUGAUUAAGGCAGCUGGCUGAGUUUGUGGUUGCAACAGUGUUGAAAAAUGUCCAUGGGCAGUCAGAAGACCACCACUCAGGCAAUUCCGACCACCAGACGAAUCACAAUCAACGAUGCGGCCCAUAUGCCUCAUGAUUACUCUACAACGCCCGGAGGGACCCUUUUUAGCACGACUCCUGGAGGCACCCGGAUCAUCUAUGACCGAAAAUUCCUGCUGGACUGUCGCAGCUCCCCGUUGGCACGCACACCACCCUGCUGCCUCCCUGACAUUCCGGGGGUGACCAGUCCUCCUUCGGCCACCAUGAAUAAUGACAAGGCCCACCCCAAACAGACUGUCAAUAAUAACAGCAUCAGCCCCCCAGCGGACAAGAUCGCAGGGGAGGAUGCCCAGUUUGAAAUGGAUAUCUAACUACAAUGGAGGACCUGCCACACGAAGGAGGCGAAUAUUACUGUGAUGAUAACUGUUCCCUGAGAGGAUAAAUGCACAGAAGACUUCUCCUUCCAUGUCAUCUGUCUUUAUUUUUUUCAUUUAUCUACUGUUCAAAUGAUAUUUUCCUUUCCUGUACUGAUGCUGUCGCUCAAGACGCGCACAAAGCCAUUACUUUAGAUUCUCAACAUCAGCUAACACUGUUGUGCCUGAAAGAGCCACUAUCUAAGAUGUCAGAUAGUGCACCCCAAGCACUCUUCUUCUGCCUAACACAUGGGAGACAUCUCAGGCCACCAUGUGACAUUAUGUUUGGUACAGAUUUGUUUGUGUAGUUUUGCAGAAUGGUCAGUAGGGGGAGCAACAAUUCUCUUCUUGGUGGUUUUCAAAGAAUCAAUCAAGAUGCCAAUUCCUAUAAAUUUAUCAUACCAUGAUACCUGAGUUUGACCACUGUCCAUCUGGCAUUGAUACUUUUUGUAAUGGUAAAAUCAAAUUUUUGUUUAUCCUGAGGAGUAUUUUCACCUAAAGUGUCAUUCAACAGAAUGUAAAAUGCCUUCUUUUUUUUCCUUUUUUUGCUGUAAAGUUCUCUAAACUGCCCUGAUAUUCCUGAAGAGACAUUUAAGCAUAAAAAAAAUCAAUAAACAUCAGAGAAUUGA